GUCCUGUAAAACUACACAUCCCAUGAAUCACUGUACAUCCGGGGAACCGUGCUUCGAAGAAGAAGAAGAAGAAAACAGGUUCCGAGUUAGUCAUUAGGCAUUAAACGGCUACCUGACGGACGCAGCGGACGUGUCAUAAUAUAACUUCUACAGAACAAAAUUAAAUCAUGCUGCUUCGUAAAGUGAGCCAGUCUUCGAAACUAUGUGGCUCCAUUCUCAGGAUUCCUCCCGUGCUGUCAGGAGGGCAGCGUCAGGCCGGGGCUGUGGUUUCAGUGCAACAUGCUCGUCUCUACGCCAGCCAAGCUGCAGAGGCGGUGCUGGACAAGCAGGCAGCGAUCGGCACUGAUGCUGUCACUAAAGUGGAAAAGAAGACGGCUGUUGCUGAAUCCAAAUCAUUCGCUGUCAACAUUUUCAAAGGGCAGAUCGCAACUGCCCAAGUGUUCCCCUACCCUUCAGUCAUGAACGAGGAGCAGGAGCAGUUUCUCAGAGAGCUUGUGGGGCCUGUCAGCAAGUUUUUCCAGGAGGUGAAUGAUCCUGCCAUGAACGAUGCCCUGGAGAAGGUGGAGGAUGCCACCAUGGAGGGCCUGAAGGAGAUGGGGGCCUUUGGCCUGCAGGUGCCCGCUGACCUGGGGGGCCUCGGCCUCACAAACACACAGUAUGGCAGGCUGGUUCAGAUCGUUGGCAGCCAUGACCUGGGGGUCGGCAUCACUCUGGGGGCCCAUCAGUCCAUCGGCUUCAAGGGAAUUCUGCUUUUUGGGAACCCAGCCCAGAAGGCCAAGUACCUGCCUAAACUGGCCACAGGUGAGACCAUGGCCGCCUUCUGCCUCACUGAACCGGCCAGCGGCUCUGACGCCGCCUCCAUCAAAACCACCGCGGUCCAGUCCCCCUGCGGAGAGUUCUUCACUGUCACUGGAAGCAAGAUCUGGAUCAGCAAUGGAGGUUUGGCUGAGAUCUUCACAGUGUUCGCCAAGACCCCCGUGAAGGACCCGAAGACCGGCGAGAUGAAGGACAAGAUAUCGGCCUUCGUUGUGGAGAGGAGCUUUGGAGGGGUGACACAUGGCCCACCAGAGAAGAAAAUGGGCAUCAAGGCGUCCAACACAGCCGAGGUGUACUUCGAUAACGUCCGCGUGCCGGCCGACUGCCUGCUGGGCGAGGUGGGGGAAGGCUUCAAGGUGGCCAUGAACAUCCUGAACAACGGGCGCUUCGGCAUGGCGGCCGCCCUCUCCGGCACCAUGAAGGGAGUCAUCACCAAAGCUGUGGAUCAUGCAGCCAACAGAACCCAGUUUGGGAGCAAGAUCCACAACUACGGAGCCAUCCAGGAGAAGAUCGCCCGCAUGACCAUGCUGCAGUACGUCACUGAGAGUAUGGCCUACAUGAUCAGCGGCAACAUGGACAGCGGAGCGACUGAAUUCCAGAUCGAAGCUGCCAUCAGCAAGAUCUUUGCCUCUGAAGCAGCAUGGAAUGUGACUGACGAGUGUAUUCAGGUUAUGGGCGGCAUGGGCUACAUGAAGGACGCUGGAGUGGAGAGGGUGAUGAGGGAUCUGAGAAUCUUCCGGAUCUUCGAGGGCACCAACGACAUCCUGAGACUCUUCGUGGCCCUCAAUGGCUUCCAGAAUGCUGGGAACCAGUUGAAGAGCUUACAGAAGGCCAUGAAGAACCCCAUCGGCAACGCUGCGCUGCUCGCUGCAGAAAUCACCAAGAGAACCAAAAGAAAGGCGGGUUUCAGCACAGGUCUGACUCUGCAGGGCUCUGUGCAUCCUGAGCUGGCACACAGCGGUGAACUGACCGUUAAAGCCAUCGAACAGUUCGGAGCUGUCGUCGAGGAGCUGCUGAUCAAACACGGCAAGAAGAUCAUUGAUGAACAAUUUGUCCUGAAGAGAGUGGCCGACGGUGCCAUCGACCUCUACGCCAUGGUGGUGGUUCUGUCCAGGGCCUCACGCACUCUGAGUCAGGGCGGCCCCACAGCUCAGCACGAGAAGAUGCUGUGUGAGACCUGGUGUGUGGAGGCCCAUGACAGGGUCAUGACUGACAUCAAGUCCCUGCGCUCCAGUGAGUCCAGACAGCUCUUCAAGAACAUGAAAGCCAUCUCUGCAGCCGUGGUGGAGACGGGGGGGGUGGUCGCUCCUCACCCUCUGGGUUUCUAAACGCACCACGCCCCCUGAAUCGGAAUCAGUCUGGUUUUUGUUUGGUUUGACUCUUCCACAUCUCUAACCAGGUUAAGGGACGUGUAGAUCAAGUCCUUUAUGACCUUUACCAUUUUGUUAUGCCAUAAUUGCUCACACAUCACACAUCGGUACCUUUCUAUCGGCUUUGUUGCACCUACAGUUUUGGGCUGAACGACUUGCACAGAAACCACAGUUUUACUUUUUUAUUAUCUCGUACUGUAAUAUCUUCAUUGCGUUUCUGUGUCUGUGUGAACACGUUAAUUUAUAUGAAAUUAUGAAUUAGCUAUUUAAAAUGGGUCGAUAGGAGAGAAAUCUUUAAGCCCGUAUACCACCUGGAUUUAAAGCAGUAGAUUUCUCCGAUGUGUGCAUGGAGCUUGAAUAAUGUCAUUUAUUCUGUUAAAACAUUAAGUUGUUUUGUUUUUUUUGUUUGAUGGAAAACUAUAUGUCAAUGUAACUUUGAGGAGCAGAGGCCAGUUAACAGAGAGAGAUUUGAACUUAUCUGUUUUUAGCAACUUUAACGUAAUGACAGUUUUUCUCCACUUUGAUUUAUACACUUAUCUAGAAUGUGCUCAAAUGUAUAUAAUGGUGUGGUGCUUAAUACUUGAAUGCCUUUGCAUGUUAAGCUAACUGCUCAUCACAGAAACAUUAAUGUCUGGAGCAAACCCUUUGCCUUAGAAACUGCUGUUGCAAGUUCCUGUUGUGACUUCACAUAAAGAGAGCUUCAAAUGUUAAAACAAAAAGGUAAUCUUCACUCUUUACCAAUACGGUCACAUGAACUUACAGCUAAAGGUAGCAGACAGCAUUAAUUGUUGAACUGUUACUCUGCAUACCUGGUGCUUUAAAUAAACCAUUAAUUGUACAAUAAAUGCACUCAAUUUUAAUCUUCUGUCCAAGCAUUCAUGAAACUUACAUUUGAUCUGCACAUUCUUCCCUCCUAUCACUCGUACUGUGAUCAUCAAUGCUGCUGUUAAGAAAGAAAGAAAACUAUCAAACAUGUUCAUUUUGUUGAUAUAAUAAUAACAUAAUCACAUGCUUCUUUGUGUUAUCUAAAAUGAAUGUCCAAUUUCCUUCGAUGGAGUCAGUGUUUGUGCAGAAUCUUUCUUUGAGCUUUCUUGGUAAAAUAACACACCUUCCUAAUGAGAUUAAUAAAUUAAAUUAAAUUCAUCUGCCA